AUGAAUCCUUUUGCKUCUGCAUAUUAUAACUUUACAGCAGCUCAACGCGGUGUCAGCCCAGGAGUGAGGCUAAGUGCUGGGCCUCAGUACCCAUUCAAUCCCAUAAGCACUGCGUACAAAACACCAUACGUUGUCGGUCCCAUAACUGGACAGCAAGCUUCCCCUUACGGUCUACAGUGGAAAGUAAGGCAGAUCCAACCAAACCUAUUACCAAAAACUCCUCUAAAUUCUCCAAUCAGGGAGAGCARUUCGUUGUCCAACGCUUCUACAAGAGCCUCACAGCAAGGAACAACUACAUCAGGAUUUCAAGUGAAUAACGAGACACUGAGUCACUCCAAAUAUCUCUCAUCAUGGACCUCAGCGAGCGUUCGUUCUCGAUCAAGAACAGCCUACACACAAACACAACAACUUGAAUUAGAGAAAGAAUUCCUGUACUCAAGAUACCUAACCAGAACAAGAAGACUAGAACUCGCUAAAUCACUUGGACUCUCUGAAAAACAUCUUAAAAUAUGGUUUCAAAAUCGACGUAUGAAACUCAAGAAAAGCGAGAUGAAUUUCUGUAAAGGAAAAGCUAACACUAGUGAAAUUCGUCAGAUGUACGAUGAUGACGGGGUGACUCAGUUUUGGGAAUGAAC